AUGCCUUCACUCAAACUCCCUCGCGCUAUCUCUGAACCCAUUGAUGAAGCUCUCUGGAGAUACCUGAGUGACCACCAUCCAGCAGUAGAGACGAUUCAAAAGCACUUAGCUGAACACUUCUGCAUUGUCAGUCUCCGCCGAUCCGCUGUAUUCUUGAGCCCUGUUCCUUCGCUGAUGCAAGAAAAGGAUGCAAGAGACAUCAUCAAAAACUGGAAGGAUACUGUGAAGUCAGCUUUAGCACAAGCUUUGUCACACUUCAAAUUCCUGAAACUUCAGCCAGAACCAACAAAAUGGGAUGAGUCUGAGGAGAAGAUCAGAGCGACACUGCUGAAGGAGGAUGUCACUGUGGUGUCUGAUAAAGCCAGUGGGGUCAUAUCAGUGGUUGGUCUUAUGACUGACAUCAACAGACUUGAGCAAACUCUUAGAGAAGUCAUCAACAUGAUAAUCAAAAGGGUACAGAGAGAGAGAUUUAGUGUAACCCUAAAGAUCAGAGUGGCCCCAUCGAUUUACCACAUCCUGUGUCAAGAUGGUCUUGAGGACAAACUGCUUUCUGUGUACCCAGAACUGAAAAUGACAUUCAGAAAAGAGAGUGCAGAAUUAGUAGUAAUUGGCUUAAAUGAUGAGAUUUUGACAGCAAGCAAAGUUGUGUGUGAAGCAUCAGUUGCAUUAAAGCGUCAACGUUUGCAAAUAGAUCAGCCUGUUCUUGACUUCUUAAAGCAGGAAAAACCUGAGAAACUUACACCCUCCUCACAUCCAAAAAGAUAAAUGCGGCAUUUGAGAUCACUGAAAACCAGGUUCAGCUGCUAGCUGUUACUGACAGAGGUUUAACUGAGGCUGAAGGUCAUCUGAAAAAGCUGCUGGUAUCUUAAAACAUACAUGUUGAAGACAGUAAUGUCCUAAAGAAGCCAGGUUGGAAGGCACUGGUGAGUAUGAUAGAGAAUGCCAACAACAAGCCACUGAGGACGGUUCGAGUCCACAGCACUGAUAAGGAAAUCGUAGUGUCUGGGUACAAAGACAGAGUGGAAAGAGUUGGCGCUGAACUUAGAGAUUUCUUGACGCAGUAUGCUGAAGUUGAAGAAACCGUUCCCAUCAAGCACAAUGUCAUAGUUGACUAUAUUGAAAUAGCUGAUGCGUCUUGGUUGGGCAAAGUGGGUGACAAAGUGAGGGUUCAAUACAAGAAGGGGGGCAUCUGUUUGAGUGGGUGUAGAAUCCAUGUCGUUGAAUGCAAGACCUUGGUCAACAAGCAUGUGUCCUCUUUGGUCUAUGAGCUAUUCAAAGUCUCCAAACCUGGAGCGAAGUCCUUCUUCCAGGACAAAGAAGCUAUGUAUAUGUCUGUCAUCUUCUCUGACACCGGCUGCCUGGCCCAGCUGGCUGAUGGGACAAGUGAUAAAAAGGAUGACCUCAGACAAUUUUCCACCCCUGUUUAUCUCCUGCAGACGCCUGAUGGAGUUGAAAUAGCUGUUUGCAAGGGAGACAUGUGCAGCUACCCAGUGGAUGCAGUAGUUAGUUCUUCUAAUCAGAGUUUGAAGCUUGAUGGAGGUCUUUCUGCAGCUCUUCUGAAGGCUGCUGGUCCUCAGUUGCAGGUGGAAUGUGACAAACUGAUUCAAUCAAAUGGGCAGCUCAAACCAGGAGACAGUGUCAUCACAAACGCAGAGGGGCAGCUGUCCUGUAAAAAAAUCAUCCAUGCAGUGGGACCCACGUUUGACUCAGAGAAUCCAUCGAAGGCUCGGGCACAGUUGAGAAAAGCCAUCAAAGGGAGUUUAGAGCUCGCAGAACAGCACAGGUGCGUCUCUGUGGCUAUCCCUACCAUAAGUAGAAACCAAGGCUUUCCUCCCAACUUGUGUGCAAAAAUAAUCGUCACAGCAGUGAAAGAGUACUGUGAUGAAAAAUACGAUGGUAUUACCCUGAAGAGGAUCCACUUUGUCAACAAUGAUGAUCAUCCUGUUCAGCUGAUGGAGUCAGCUGCCAAACAGGUGUUUGGAAGCAAUGGUGUCAGUCAGUCUCAGCAAACAACCUCUACCACGCCACCCGUACCUGUGAAACCUGUUCAUUUUGAUCCGAAUUGCCUUUUCCAAGUGCAGACGAAAGAAGGUGUGGACAUAUCUGUUUUGAAAGGCAACAUUGAGAACUCCACGGUAACUAUUAUUCACUAAUUGCAGAGAAUAUAUGAUUAGAUAGCCUUACAGAUUAAUCCAAUUCAUAAUGGUCCCAUGAGGCUUAAUUGUUUUCAUUCCAGCUGGGCAUUGAUACAACUUUUCUGUGUUCUCAUUUUCAGACGGACGUAAUCGUCAACACUGUGUCCAAAGAUCUUGAUCUAACCAAGGGGGCAGUUUCAAAUGCAAUCUUACGUGCGGCUGGACAAAACCUUCAGCAGUUGGUUAGGGCAAAAAAUCUGAGUGCAAAUAUCGGUGAUGUCAUCGCUUCAGCAGGCUGCAACCUAAAGAGCAAAGAAGUUUUUCAUGCAGUUGCACCUCACUGGAACAAUGGCAAAGGCUCACCUGACAAGGUAAAGCCUUACAUGAUCUGAAAAUGUGUAAUCUAUGAACUGGGAUCAAUGCAGAGGCUUGUGCUCAGAUGUAGAAGCAGUGCAAACAUUGAGUAUUUUACCUUCAAAGAUGCAAAACAUUUGUUUCUUGCCUUCCAGAUCUUGAAAGGGAUUUUCAGUGAAUGCCUGGGAAAAGCAGAAGACAACAGUCACACCUCCAUAUCCCUGCCUGCUAUUGGCACUGGAAACCUGGGCUUUCCAAAAGACCAUGUAGCCUCGUCACUGUUGAAAGAAAUCUCAGAGUUCAGUAGUAAGAAAAAACCUAAGCAUCUGAAGAAAGUCGUGAUCGUUCUUUACCCAGGAGACAGUCAGACUAUCCAGGUAAGACAAGAAAUUAAACAGCAAUAGUCACUUUGCAUUACAAUCAAGAUUCUAUGGUGUCACUUGUGAUUACUGGUGGGAAAGUUAGCUUUGGUUGAACACUGACGGUCAUGGAAUGUUUGGAUCAUCAAAAGCUAUAUUUAUGUAAAUCUGUCUGUAGGUUUUUACUGAUGAAUUCAAGAAGCAGUUCUCCAACGCAACGGGUGGUGAUGGGUCAUCAAGUGCCCCACAAAGAGCAGGUGCGCACAGUGGUCAAAUUUGAUUUUCAUGUGCAACGUGAUACUUUUCACGAAGCCAAUAUAUAUAUAUAUAUACACUCACCGGCCACUUUAUUAGGUACACCUGUCCAACUGCUCGUUAACACUUAAUUUCUAAUCAGCCAAUCACAUGGCGGCAACUUAGUGCAUUUAGGCAUGUAGACAUGGUCAAGACAAUCUCCUGCAGUUCAAACCGAGCAUCAGUAUGGGGAAGAAAGGUGAUUUGAGUGACUUUGAACGUGGCAUGGUUGUUGGUGCCAGAAGGGCUGGUCUGAGUAUUUCAGAAACUGCUGAUCUACUGGGAUUUUCACGCACAACCAUCUCUAGGGUUUACAGAGAAUGGUCCGAAAAAGAAAAAAUAUCCAGUGAGCGGCAGUUCUGUGGGCGGAAAUGCCUUGUUGAUGCCAGAGGUCAGAGGAGAAUGGCCAGACUGGUUCGAGCUGAUAGAAAGGCAACAGUGACUCAAAUAACCACCCGUUACAACCAAGGUAGGCAAAAGAGCAUCUCUGAACGCACAGUACGUCGAACUUCGAGGCAGAUGAGCUACAGCAGCAGAAGACCACGCCGGGUGCCACUCCUUUCAGCUAAGAACAGGAAACUGAGGCUACAAUUUGCACAAGCUCAUCGAAAUUGGACAAUAGAAGAUUGGAAAAACGUUGCCUGGUCUGAUGAGUCGUGAUUUCUGCUGCGACAUUCGGAUGGUAGGGUCAGAAUUUGGCGUCAACAACAUGAAAGCAUGGAUCCAUCCUGCCUUGUAUCAACGGUUCAGGCUGGUGGUGGUGGUGUCAUGGUGUGGGGAAUAUUUUCUUGGCACUCUUUGGGCCCCUUGGUACCAAUUGAGCAUCGUUGCAACGCCACAGCCUACCUGAGUAUUGUUGCUGACCAUGUCCAUCCCUUUAUGACCACAAUGUACCCAACUUCUGAUGGCUACUUUCAGCAGGAUAAUGCGCCAUGUCAUAAAGCUGGAAUCAUCUCAGACUGGUUUCUUGAACAUGACAAUGAGUUCACUGUACUCAAAUGGCCUCCACAGUCACCAGAUCUCAAUCCAAUAGAGCAUCUUUGGGAUGUGGUGGAACGGGAGAUUCGCAUCAUGGAUGUGCAGCCGACAAAUCUGCGGCAACUGUGUGAUGCCAUCAUGUCAAUAUGGACCAAGCUCUCUGAGAAAUGCUUCCAGCACCUUGUUGAAUCUAUGCCACGAAGAAUUGAGGCAGUUCUGAAGGCAAAAGGGGGUCCAACCCGUUACUAGCAUGGUGUACCUAACAAAGUGGCCGGUGAGUGUAUAUAUAUAUAUAUAUAUAUAUAUAUAUGUAUAUAUAUAUAUAUAUAUGUAUGUGUGUGUGUGUCAAAUGAAGUACCAAGUAAAGGUUUCUGUGCUAACAAAAAAUUCAUGUACAAAGACAGUUAAGACUGUAUUUAAAUUGGUGAUAAAAACAAAUAUGUCACCCCUAAAAUAAUGCAAAUACCAGUUGAAGGAUUGGUGUGCUAGAUCAUUUUAUACAGAGUCCCAGCUUUUUGGAUUUGAGGUUGUAUCUUGUCAUGGUGUGGGGAAAAAGUAGGAAAUACAUUAUUGUGCUUUUAAAGUUUCAAAAACAAUGCUUUAAUGUCUUUAUGUCAUCUGUCUCCAGGCCCUUUCUCUAAAAUUGUCUCAGGUUCAGGAAUACAUGAGACCAAAAUGAGAAAUGUGGCUGUCCAAGUUGUUACAGGAGACAUAACCAAGGAGUCCAGUGAAGUCAUCGUCAACUCCAGUGAUGUUGAUUUCUCUCUGAAGACAGGUAAAUAUCCAGUGGGUUUCUGAUAUCUUCAGGUCAGGAUAGUACCUGAUUUGGAAUCCCACUUGAACUCCACUUAUUUAUAAUAAUUACUUCACUUCUGUAUCUUUUUUCCUCAUUCACAGGGGUGUCAAAGGCUAUCCUGGAAGCAGCGGGUCCGACUGUUCAGGCAGAAUGCAAGACUCUAAGUAAGGAGGCACCUACACCUAAGAGUUGAUUCUAAACCAAAUAUAAGAAUUAAAGCCAAAAUAAAGAUUUGUAGAACUUCAACACACAUAUGCACACCCAAGGUUAAGGUUCAGAUGUGUUCAGAUCCACUGCCUUUACCUUUAGGUAACCAGCCCAACCAAGGCAUGAUAUUGACCCAGCCAGGCAACCUAAAGUGCAAAAAGAUCCUUCACGUCAUUGGACAGGCUGACCCAGUUCAAAUCAACAUGGUUGUGAAAAAAGCGCUCCAGCUAUGCCAGCAAAACCAGUUUACUUCCAUCUCAUUUCCUGCAAUUGGCACAGGUGAGUUUUAAUAGUAGAAAGAGAACUGUGCACAUUUAUAGAACAAAACUUUGACUUUUGUCCUGGAAGCCACUGUAGUUGUGCUCACAAAUAAAAAUCUGAAAUCUGCAAAAAUGCAGUUGACCUGAUACGACUUGAUGGUACAAUCCCUUGGUUUAAUCAAGACUUGGUGAUGAGUUGGGUCAGGGGCAAAAGCUUCACUAGAGUCAUCAUGUUUUAGCCUGGUUGGGGUCCUUCCUCUUUAUCCACAGCCAGCUGCUGCUUUGCUCAGCAGUCUCUGAUAGCAAUUUGAUGGCUUUUUGGAGUCUUCGCACUCCCAUUCCUUUAAGAAGUUUGGUUGUGGAUGUGGCAACAAAACCCUUAUAACCAACCUUAACAGGGAGCAUCUGGGCAUGCCAGCCAUGUUGUUCUUCCUCAGCUGUUUUUUUCAGAGUAUUUCAGGUGUUUCUACUCAUGUGCUUCACCAACUGCAGCUUCCCAAGGUACAGUUGGUUCCACCAUUUAGAGUUACUUCUGAGAGUUUGACCACAAGACCAGGUACAGCCUGAGAUUAGUUAUGAUGAUCUCAGGCAGAGAUGAGUUUCUGAUCUAGAUCAACCUGCAUUUACCAGUCCAGUGCAGUGCCUAGGAGGGUCACUUCCACUCUUGCAGCUGGCUUUGCUGGCCAUUGUCGAUGGAGUCGGUUGACUCCUUCAAACGGGAACUAAAAACUUUUCAGGCUUUUCCCUAACUGUCUUGGGGCUGCUAUGAUUGCUAUAGUGUUGUUUUGGCCUUUUAAAUUUUAGCUUUGUAUGUACUUAUUAACUGUGUAUUGUUUUUGCUUUUUGCUUUUACUGUAAAGCGCUUUAUGACCUUGGUCUGUGAAAGGCACUGUAUAAAUAAAGCUUACUUACUUACUUACUUUAACAAAAAGGGUGGUGUUGGAUUGUUUGGAUGUUGGAGGAGGAAGGGUACUGUUCGUACUUCUCCUUUUCAGGGUGAUCACUGAUUGCUGCAAGACCUGGUUGUGUCUCCAGGUGUAGUGGCCUUGGGAAAAAUGGUUACAUUCACAAUAGGGAGAUGCUGUUUGAAAGACAGCAUUUCAACCUAAUAGAAAAAGAAAGACCGGAAAUAUCAUUCAUUUUUGGCAAAUUAGCUGGUAUUUAAAAGGGUUAAGCUUAAGGUUUGUGUAAUUUAUGCUCUACCUGUUUCAGGUCAAGGCAAUGUCCACCCAAGACAGGUUGCGGAUGCCAUGUUGGAUGCAGUGAUUGAUGUCUUGAGCCAAAACAUGUCCACCACCCUGAAGACAAUUCGGAUUGUCAUCUUUCAGCCACCUAUGUUAAAAGACUUUUUCAGCAGUAUGCAAGAAAGAGAAGGAACACAAGCUUCAACUGAAGCUCCUCAUGACAAAGGAUGGUCAUUUAAAAAUAUCAAGAGCAAAAUUGCAUGUGAGUAUGGAGAAGAAUGUGUAACUCCCUCAGCUUCCUCAUUCAAAGAGCCCAUUCCCAAUAAACAUGUUUUUUUUUCUUGUAGCAUUUUUUGGCAUCAGCACUGAUGAUCCACAGAAAGCAGAGGAUAUUGUAAUUUACCCUCUGCUAGCGGACCCUGCAUGCUUCCACAUCUGCAGCGACUCACAGGCCAAAGUAGACUCAGCCAAGAAGUGGAUCAACGACCUGAUUACCAAAGAGUACAUCACCGACUACAUUGCAGACACCGGCAUCCUAAAUCUGUCUGAUGCAGAUCGCCAACAGAUUGCUGACAUCCAGAAGACCGAGAAGGUGGUUAUAAGGAUCCAAAGCAAGAACAACCAAGCAUUGAUCACCAUAGAGGGGCUCAGCAGCAAUGUUUACAAAGCCACUAAAAUGAUCAGUGAGAUGUUGAAGAAAACCAGAGAGGAGGAGGACCUAAAGAACAAGGUGGCACUGGCUGGAGAAGUGGCGGACUGGCAGUACCAGCAGGCAGGGCUUCAGUUCCAGAGUUUUGACCUUUUGAGCAAAUUCAAACUGGAGCAAGCAUUGAAAAAGAAUCAACUGAGUGUACAAGUGACGGUUCAGGGUCAGGAUUACACCGUCACAAUGCCAAGUGGACCUGCAACUGACAGCAAGGGACAAACCCUCCAGAUAAAACGGACCGAUAAACUUAAAGGUACAUUAUCUCGCAUGUGUGCUUUUAUAACUGUUAGCUUUGGUAAUGCUGCCACAGAGUACUGCUUGAGAUGGACAAUGGAAUGAAACUGUACAAUAAGAUUUUUUUAUUUUGAGGAAAAUUUAAAGUGAGUCAAAAUCUAGUUUUGUGUCAGACAGUUAAGCCAGAGAAAUGUAAGCAUAAUCUCAGAAUUGCUGGAUUAAUUUUCAGAACUUCUCGUGUUGGUACACAUUAUAAGAUAGUUGUAGACAAAUAAUUUGUUAAAUUGUUAAUUAUUGUAAUAAAUACUUGAUACUUGGGAAAACCUAAUGGAAUUUUAUGUCUUAUUGCCAGUUGAAGACAUUCCUGAUUUCUGGGACCCCAUGCCAGCUGACAAAUCCUGUCUUGCUGUCACCCUCCAGCCAGGGACUCAAGAGCACAAUGAAAUCCUGACUUUGUUUCAAGCCUCAUGCAAACUCACUGUCAUAAAGGUAAUGGACAGUAUCUUCUUCAUUGUUUAUUUUUUUUUUCUUUCUGAGGCAGGCUCUUGAACCUGCUCUUAAACUGCUGAACUCUCAAACUGAUGAGUGUCGUGUCCUCUGACUGUGGAAGCUUGAGUCAUUUGUAAUCAGGAAACAACACUCAGAAACCAGUGUGAGGGCUUUAGACUACAGCGAAAUCAGGACUACAGACAGAAGAAAGACGUGAAUGUGGUCCAUUUAAACCAAAGGACAAUAUACAAAGCCAUGUUUCUGAUGCUCUCGGUGGAGACAAUGAUAUAUUCACUAUUUGUUCUUUGUUUUUAAGAUUUUUAAGAUCUUUUCUCAUUUGAUGGUACUUUAAUUUUGUGUCAAGCGGCACAACUUUGUAGUGAUUUGAAAUGAGCCUCAUACGGUCGCACCAAAAUAUAUGUAGCGAUUUGAAAUGAGCCUCACAAGGCCGCACCAAAAUAAUACUUGGCGAUUGGAAUUUAUAAUAAAUGUCUGAAGAUUAAUAAUCUCAAAUUAUGACAUUUAUGCACUCGUUGAAAGGGGCACCACCCACCCUUAAUGGUGGGAAAAUAAAGAAAACAAAAGUUUAAUUCAGAAAUCAAACAUCAAGUCAGUUUUAAUUAAUCAGUCUUAAUUAAUCAGUCUUAAUUAAUCAGUCUUAAUUAAUCAGUCUCAAUUAAUCAGUCUCAUAUCUUAAGUCGAAAUUCUAAUUUCAGGGACUCCACUUCUGGAAGAACACUAACAGACAGGAACUUAGAAAAAUAAUGAUCUGUUUAUUACAGGAUAAAUGAUGGUACAACAUACAUGCAAUAAAUGAUGGUAAGAUAAUGAGGAUAGAUAAUAAUAGGUGAAUAAAUAAAGAUUCUGAGUCAGGCUAGGAGCACUAAAGUUAAUGAUAGUGAGUGAAUAUGCGCUAACAUAUUAACCUACACUAACUUGGUGUCGAGAUAAACUCGGAUGUGGAUUUGGAGGAAUCUAAGAUUACCAGAAUAAGAGGAUAUCUGAGUUAUGAACGCACGAGACAGCACCAGCCCUCUUUAGAGCUCUGGAGGUUUGCAUACUUAAGUGAGACUGGUCCUUGGGGAAGAUGGAGCAGGUUCCGAAGGUCCGGGGCUACUGGCGGUUCGAGCGGUUCAGCUCAGAAGACGACUGAAGUCAGCCGAAGGAUGAGCCAGGAGUUGCAGCACUCGGGCCCGAAGCAAAGCCAGCGCCUGUGGAUCCUGUGGAUGCUCGUUUGGGUACUUCUUUGGUCUCACUUAAAAACUCUGGCACAGAGGAUGACCUGGGCCUGCUGGGUUGCGUUCAGAGGUGACUUUGAAUCACGCAGAAAACUCAGAAAAACGAGGCUCAAAGAGCAGAGAAAACUUUCAAAAAUGGCUUCGCGAAAUUAAAGAAAAAUCAAUCAAAGGCUUAAUCUUGAAUUGCUAUGUGCACAAAAAGUUGAAGUUUCAAAACUUGAACUAAGACGAUGUUAAAGAAAAAUCAACGUGAAUCAACACGUGGCGUAAAACUUAGUAGACCAAGAAAAAGUUCUAAGAGAAAACAAAGAAACGCACCACAGAAGGGUGUGGGCAGAAGAGAAGGGGCAUAAGAGCCGGGGACAAGAGAGUCAGCAGAAGAGCAGAAGCAUAAGAGGAAUAAGAGAGUGAGCAACCCCACUUCACUGGUUUUAUCUUCUCACACUGGGUGUGUCUCCGGCGUGUGGGUGUGAGGAGAAAGAGGAGGAGGGGUUGUGUGGUCUCCAAGCAGAGAUGAACUCGGAUCUCUGAUUAUUUGAUCUAACUUAUACUUUUGGCUGGUAAAAGAGUCAGAUCUGAUACUCACUCACUAUGAUUAAUAUCAUUGAAUGCUAGGUUUCAUGAUAAAUAAUUUGACACUAAACACAUAUGAAUGAAGUGUAGGAUCACAUCAAACAUUCUCAUUAUGUUUUAAGUAUCACAUUGAACAUGCUAAAUUACUCUGAAAUGAAACAGAUAGUAACACAUGUAAACUGUGUACAACAAAAGAGUAAACACAUGUGAAUGAACGUCAUCAUGAUUAAUAAUGGAUUCUAAAUACUCACAUUCAGAUUAUUCAGUGACAUUAUAACCACCUAAUGGUUAAGAUACUAAAUAAAUAACUAAAAUAUAAACCAAACAUUUCUAAACUAUUUCUGUUACUUAGAGUAAACUUAGGAUUCAUAGUCAAUAAAUUUAACUCUUAAAAGUUCAUGAAACAGUCUGAAAAGCUGUUGGUCUAAAGAAACUAAAGAAUAAGGAUUUAUUCUGUCAGAUAAGAUAACUUGGCUUCUGAAGCACAUAGAAAAACGGGAAACAUCUCAUUUUAACACAAAUUUCAUGAUUAGACAGAUUAGUACAUUGCUGAAUGCAUAAGAUGUCAUGAUCAGUCAUUUGUAUUCUUUCACCAAAGGAAUGCAGUCUUUAUCAGUGUAUGGUCGAGCAGGGUUUUACGACCGAGGUCUGGAGGUCAGUGUCCCCCCUUUUCCUAGGGUCCGUAUGUUCACACACUUUAAGACACUAAAUCUCAAAUGGGAGAUCUGGGUUGAGACGUUAAUGUUUAUUUAGAUGGUCAGCAAAUGGAGUCAGUUUGAAAGGUAAUAAAACUCUGUCUCUGUUCUCCGAAUUGACCAAUCGUGAAGAGUCGGAGGUUUAGUCAACCUCCGGUUGGGUCACUUAUUUAACCUGAAAGUGUAAACGGGUCUGGAAAGAUUUAUAUCCUGUUUCCUGGGACCAGAUAAGGAACUUUCCUGUGAGGAAUGUGUGGGUUUCACACCCAGGGUUGUCUUGAUUGCUACAACUUUUUUUUUUUUUUUUUUACAAAAGUGGUAAAUGGGAUCUUUAUGCUGCUAUACAACUAUUGUUAUUUACCAACCAACCAUCUGGGUUUAAAGUGCUCUUUUUCUCUUUCUAGGUACAGAGGAUCCAGAAUCCCAUGUUGUGGAAGUUCCUGCAAAUAAAGAAGCGUGACAUGGAGCAGAGGAACAAACACCAGAAUAAUGAGAAACGUCUCUUUCAUGGUACCAGCGGAGAUACUGUGGACCACAUCAAUGAGCACGGCUUUAACAGGAGUUAUGCUGGAAAGAACGGUGAGAAGAUGUCAACUAUCAACUUUUAUCAAGAAAUGACGAAUCCAGUUCAAUUCUAAUGACACUUAGAAACACAUCAAGGCUCAUUUCUGAAAACUUCAUCCUGAAAAAAUGAAGGGUUCAAAGUUCUCUCAAGGGUAUCUGAAAAUCUUUCUGCCUCUCUUCAUUUUCUCCAGCUGCCCAUUAUGGAAACGGCACAUACUUUGCUGUCAAGGCCAGUUACUCUGCCAUCAACACCUACUCCAAGCCAAACCAGAAAAUGGAGAAGUUCAUGUACCUCUGCCGAGUGCUGACUGGGGAAUACACCCUUGGACAGCAAAACAUGGUUGCACCACCACUUAAGAGUGGUUCUUCGGUUGAGAAGUAUGACAGUGUGGUGGACAAUGUGACCAAACCCAACAUAUUUGUUGUCUUCCAUGAUGCCCAAGCCUAUCCUGAAUAUUUGAUCAUGUUUAAGUAA